AAUCAAACAUUAAUGCUUAACCCUAAACUCGCAUAAAUUCAUUUGUCCAAAAAACAGAACCCACAGAAAUUCGAUCAUUUUUCACUUUCCUGAUUUUCGGCUUCGUGUGCCCUAGCUCUGGUCUCUCCCGUAGUCACCCAAUCACCGGAAACUGAAAAGGGUUUACAACCAGAAGAAAAGAGAGGAAAAUAUGGGUUUCAUCAUGGAAUUCGCAGAGAACUUGAUAUUGAAGUUGAUGGAAGACCCAAAGGAAAGGGAUCGCAGGUUCAGAGAGCACGUUUAUAAAGUGAAGGACAGAUGCGAGAAGACGAAGGAGAUGUGGAGCUAUCCUAUGCGACCCUAUGGGUUCUGGACAUUUGAGCGCCACAAUUCUCAGCUUGCGUGGGAUGCCCAGAUUAGCCAAGUGGCUGGCAGGAGGGAUCCUUAUGAUGAUCUCCUCCAACAUUACUUUGCCCCACCUAAAUGAGUGUUGCUGGACUUGCCAAAAGCAUUAUAAGUGAAAAGGGAUGAAUUUGUUGAAUUUCCCCAUUUAAUCUGCUGUCCUGUUGCAUGUUGCAGAAAGUACAAUUGAUUUGUACUGUUCUUCACAUUUCUUUCAAAUAAAGGUUCUGUGAAACUAUGGUGCUACACAAGAUUUGUUGUUCCCCUUGAGAAUUUAUAUUAUUGCAUAAUGCCCUUCCUGAAUA